AGUGAAAGUGAGCGUGGUCACAUGACUGCUCCUCCUCACAGUGACUGAGCAGACUGAUGAAUGCCAGCUGGGCAGGCACUCAGUCUGUGAUCACACUCUGAAGAUCAGUCAAAAUCAGUCAAUCAAUCAAUCAAUCAGAAUUUAAAAUAAAGUUGAAAGAGUUUGAAUAAUGAGGAAAGACGGAGGCUCCAGUAGAAACAAAACACUUUAUUACUUCCAAAACUGUCUAAAAGUGAAGUGAAGUGAUUCAUCAGUUUAUCACAAACACCCGGAAACAGUUAAACCGAUCAAAGUUUCCCAUCAUAAUAAUGAAAAUGCAAGUGAAAGAGAGGAGAAGGAGGAAUAACAAUGGAAGUGAAAGAGAAAUGUUGUGCAGUGCAGUUUGAGGUGCGUCCUGCAGAGGGCGCUGUGGUCUGCAGCCUGGGUAAACACAGAGAGAGAGAGAGAGAGAGAAAGGCCGAGCAGCUGAGAGGCGUUUGUUUGUGAUCAGUGUGAAACCUGGACACAAAGGAGACGCUGCUGUUCAUCAGUGUGUUCAGACCCUCAGAGGAGUGAGAUGUCUCUGCCGUCUGUCUGCAGGAUCUUUGUCCGGCUGCUCGCAGCUGUACUGCUGAUGUCAGCGUGUUGCGUUCAGGGUCUGGGUGUGGACGUGUCUCCCAAAAGGCCUCUGUUGAGACUCGGGGAGCGUCAGCAGCUGGUGUGCCACGUUCAGCAAUGUCCUGAGAUGCCGAUCGUGUCUUGGUCCCUGAUGGGGGACCGGCCUCUGACCGCCUCCGUCAGCACCAACAGGACUCACUCCGUGGUGACCUUUGACCCCGUGAUGAUGGAGCAUGAGGGACUCCUGCUGUGUAAAGUCAGCUGUGGAGGAGAGAACAGGCAGAUUAAAACCUCGGUGCAGGUUUACU